AUGGAAGCAACUGUUUUAAGAAAUUACCAAAAAUUCGGAAUUCCUGAAGUAUUGGGCUAUAUUGAUGGCACACAUAUAAAACUUAAGAAGCCAACACAACAUGAAGAACUUUAUGUAAAUAGAAAGGGUGAACACACCCUUAAUGCACAAAUGGUUUGUGACAGUUCCUUAAAAAUAUUAAAUGUGUGUGCACGAUAUCCUGGUGCAACACACGAUUCCUUUAUAUGGAGGUUUAGUGCACUACAAAAGGUGAUGAUGAACCUUAAUGGUGAAGGCAAUACUUGUUGGCUUCUAGGUGAUUCCGGAUAUCCCUUGGAGCCACGGCUCCUCACACCGAUCCUUAAUGCUGAAGAAAACACACCUCAAAGUCGAUAUACCAAUACCCAUAUAAGGUCAAGGAACAGUAUUGAGAGGUGUUUCGGUGUUCUUAAGUCAAGGUUUCGACGCUUACUAAGCAAAAUGGAGUAUGAACCAACAAAAGUAGGCUGCAUUGUAAAUGCAUGUGCAGUUUUACACAAUGUGUGCAUAACAGCAGGACUUAGUUUUCCCGACAUAGUUGAUGAAGAAGCUUUAGCACCAGACGCGAGUACAGCAGAUCAUUAUAGAGAGAUACAUAUAUGA